CGACAGGGAACUGUUGUCAGGGAAAAUUAAAGGGGAAAAAAAAGGACCCCCCACAAAAAAAAAGUUUUGAUAUAAAUUAGUUUUCAUUUUUGAACCUGUUAGAGGUGGUCUGUUUCCGGGAGAGAAGUUUGCACGUGCUGUAUAGCGUAUCAGUGUAAGUGUCUGCGUUUGGUUUGUGGAGUCGGAUUAAAACAUACCAGCAAAACCAACAUGCCGGAGUACGAGCUGGAUAUGGUCAACAGGGAUCCGAACGGACUCAACGACCAUGUCAGGGUAUGUAACAAUGUCUGAAAUGUUCAAAGAGAUUGGUGUCUUCAAAUGUUCAAGUAUGCACAAGCCAGUUUGGGGGGGGGGGAGGCGCUACACAAAAGGGUUGGUACAAUUUGUAGGGUAGGCAGAACUAUUUUAGUUGGUACAAAUCUUAGGUACUUACCAAUGCAUAGGAAGUUACCAAUGGCACUUUGAUGUUUUAGUAAUAUUUUAACUCGAGGUGUUAUAAAAUUUUNAGUACGAGCUGGAUAUGGUCAACAGGGAUCCGAACGGACUCAACGACCAUGUCAGGGUAUGUAACAAUGUCUGAAAUGUUCAAAGAGAUUGGUGUCUUCAAAUGUUCAAGUAUGCACAAGCCAGUUUGGGGGGGGGGGGAGGCGCUACACAAAAGGGUUGGUACAAUUUGUAGGGUAGGCAGAACUAUUUUAGUUGGUACAAAUCUUAGGUACUUACCAAUGCAUAGGAAGAUACCAAUGGCACUUUGAUGUUUUAGUAAUAUUUUAACUCGAGGUGUUAUAAAAAUUUAAUUUUAACGGAAAUGGGGUCGAAUUAGCCGUCCGAUUGUUUUGCCUGAAAGACACACAAACGAAGUUAAUGUAAAUGAUUUUUAAAAAGUCUUAAUUUAUUAGCCUUGAUGCGAUUGAAACAAAGCCCUUUUAUUCACUUGUCAUUGACCUUUUACUUUUUUUUUUAAAGCUUUUUUUUCCGUUGAUUUUAAUUGUAAGCAUUUGUAUUUGAAAGAAUCGCUUACACAUUGAGCCAGACUACGCCUCGACUAAGAUGUGAUCACGUUUUGCGUCUGGCGAGUCCAUGCACAUAAUUAUACAAACUUCUACUUUGCUUUGCUGGAAAACGGAUUUUAAAUGAUGUUGAGCAUUUGUUUAAGGCGUCUGUUACGUUGUUCAUGACGGUACUUUUGGCAGUAUUUAAAAAAUCUCCAAAAUAACGUGUUCUAUUCUUGCUAUACAAUAAUCAAAUGUAAUUAGUUUAAUAGUAUGAGUUAAAUACAAAAUGCAGAGGACGUCACAAAUAACAAGGCUUUUUGGUUUUCGGGGCUAAAAAUUAGGUAGAUUGGUGCUCAGUGCCUAUAGCAACGGUUCUCAAUCAGUAGGUCGCGACACCUUUGAGGGUUGAUCGACCCUUACACGGGGUCGCCUUAGACCAUUGAAAAACACAUAUUUUUUGAAGUGGGAUGAAAAUAAUUUUAUGGUUGGGGGUCACCACAACAUGAGGAACCGUAAUAAAGGGUCGAAUCAUUAGGAAGGUUGAGAACCAAUAGUCUGUAGCCAGCCAAGUUAACGCUCCGUGUUUCGUUUACUUGACAGGUUCUGUUUGAAGAAGUCCUCGCCGAGCCAGACGGCGCCCAUUCUUUCGACUGCGUGUGGAACUGCGCCUACAAGUGCUUCAACUGCUGGAAAGGCUGCUGCUACAAGACCUUGACCCUCUUAUGCGGCAUCCCGCUGGCCAUAUGCUGGGGAUGCGAGUUCGCCUACAUCACCUUCUGGCACGUGUGGUACGUCACCCCGUGCAUGAGGGCCUACAUGAUCAACUGCGGAUGUCUUCAGAAGUUCUACGGCACUUGUCUGCAGUGCUAUCUCCAGCCGCUGUGUGAGGCUUGCAGUUACUGCUUCUCUAAUAUACGGGUGACGAACUACACGGGAUAGCCUCGUUGAAAGAUCAGAAGAACUUCGCGAGUGUUACACGGAAACAGUCUGAGAGGAACUUCACGUUUUACCUGUUUCACAGACAAUAUUUUUCGACCCAUCUUUAGGCGAUUUAAAAACAAAACAAAGGAAUGUUUAUGAAUUUCGUUAGGUUUUUUUGUAAGUCUGGAGAACGAUCAAGAAAAAAACAACGGAACUAUUCAAAUCUAUUUCAAAGCUUUUGUCACAUCAACAAGUUUGAUUUCUUGAAGUGUUCUUUUUAGAUGAACGAAAAUGUCGUCCAAAUGUUUAAUUUAUUUUAAAAACAAGUUUCUUAGACGCUAUUCAAUGCCUCGUUCUUUUAGAGAGACCGAAAGAGCAACAAGCUCCUGCCAAGACAGCUGUGAUAUUUAGCCUUGUUUUAUGGAAGAGAGGUUCAAUCAAGUUUUCUCACUUACUCUUUACUUUUAAUGUCCAUCGAAAAGCUUUAUUUAAAAAAAAUGAAUACAUUAACAGCUAUUUUUUUUUACAUUUUACUGUGAAGUCCAUCAAAUUUUAUUCACGUGAACUCAAAAUAAGCUAAAAAUCGUUUACGACUUAAGUACUGAUUGGGCCUGGUAGUUCUUUUUCAAGAUAUUUUAAUCUGAAAAUGUAUGCGGCAUUCAUCUGUUUACAUUUGGCUGCUAUCGGAACCGGAAGUCUAGUGAGUGUUGACCUUGACAUCCAGCACAUCUUGAUGACUUUUACUCACAUAGUUUACACUUCAGCCAUUGUGUUGUAAAUGCACUAAUAAUUGCGUUACAAGUUUAUUAAAUUCUAUUACCUUCACUAAUUUGAUCGUUUUAGUUUUCCAUGAUUUGAUUGAUUUAUUAGUUCUCAGAAACGGGAUAAAAUUGAAAUGCAAAUCCAACAAAGGGGUCAAGUUCCCCCAUUAAGUUCAUCGAUAUUUUGCUGAAAUAAGCUCAGCUCUGAAAAGAAAGUGGCCCGAAGGCCAUUGCGGGUUGAAAUCCUGGAAGAAGGACAGGUUAGGUAACAACAAAUCACAUUCAAUGGGAGUCGCUUAGUCAAUUAUUUUGUCACGUGAUAUGAGUAAAAACGAGUAAGAUUUCCGGUAUAUUGUAUACAACACACUAGUGCUUGACAACAGUAGCCCGAUACACACUACAACUACACUACAUUUCGUCCAAUGAAAAUUAACAAUAAAAUAAACAAAGGGGAAUGACUCCUGCAUCAAUAUUGAAUAAAAACGCAAAUGACGUCAUGAGCACGCACGGAGCUCAACAACAUCCUGCCGAUAAUAGUAUUGAUAGUUCCCAUCGAAUAUCGCUCACAAAUUUUUCUUGAAAUAACUUUCUUCCUUUAAUUAUAACUGACGUAUAUUUAUUGUCACAUUUAUGGAUUUCAUUUAAAAAACGCAUGUAUUCCUGAAUAUUUCGAAAGGUAAAAUUUUUAAUUAACAUGACAUUGGGGAAGCACUGAUGAAGUAUCUUUUGUUGUGUGUAGCAGCCUAGUGAUGACUUACUCAUAUCACGUGACCAAACAAGGAAGUGACUAAGCGACUCCCAUUACCUCGGAGAUGCAUUCCCCCCUUCAAAUAAUUCUGAUUGAUAAUGUUGGGACGAACAUUCGUAUUUCCUUACUCUUUUCCAACUAGCCAAGUCCAUAAGUUAGAGUUUCAUGUAUAGUUUGUGUUGUUUUCAAUGAGACGUUGAUUUUGUUAUUAUUGUUAUUUUUAAAUAUUGGUAACCAUUUUCUUUAUUGCCAGUAUUGUACCUGCAACACUUGACUAAGACUAGCCAUUCGUUUAUUUCAGUCUAAAAUUAGCCAUCAACAAUUAGAAUGUGUGAAAACGGAAUGUCGCCGCCGUAUUUACCAUCUCCGAUUGUUUCUUUAACAUUUUAUCCUGGUUGCACUUUUCAAUGUCUUGGAUUACGUCAAAAAUUAUGUGCAACAUUUGAUACAAAAUAGGCUGGCAGUGAAGGGAGACUAACAACAAAAAGAACAACAGAUGGUUAUUUUCAAAUCUUAUAAGCAUUAUUUUUUUAUGUUAUAAAACUGCAACAACAACAAACAAAAAAAACAAUUACUUAUGUAAAUUUUUUUGUAAUAUAAAAGAAUAAAAGACAUAUUUUAAUUAUAAUUAUUUAAAUGCCAAAAUUAUUGUUCGGACUGUUUAAAGUCUCUAACCCACUGAUCCUUGUUGCCUUGUAAUCACGACUGUGGUACGUGCAGUCAUCUGACUGUGAUUGUAUAGAGGUGUUACCGUUUUUUUUUACCCACUAAUUUCAUGUGUCUCAUGUCGUCCCUCUGAGCCACGAUGAGGACUGAAAUUUUUGUUGGGCAUCUGUUUGCACUUUAUUGUUGUAACUUAAAUGUAAUGUUAACACAAAGUGACAGAUGUUUUUUUCGUGAAUUCUUUUAAGUCAAUCGGAGGAUGAUAAUAAUUUUUUUUUUCAAAUUAAAAUAAUUAUCUUUUAAUUUAAAUGGUAAUUUCUUUGAUCUUAAAGAACAUUGUUGUUGACAUACCAGAAAUCCCCUGUCAAACGAUGGCGGCGGCAAUGCGUGAACUUCACAUCUCUUGGAGUUACUGCAACAAAAACAUCCUCUCAAGUUACGUACUUUAUAAGAAUCCAUAUUAGUGCCAAAGUCUUGGAAUUGUAUCUUGCGCGCCUAUUGAACACAGCUUUAGAGCCAUUCAUAUAUACCUAGACAAUUUUAAUUUGUGAUAACACAUUAAGAAUAUAUAUAUAUAUAUAUAUGUUUAAAUUUCAGCUAUACGACAAUCUUCGAGGAAAGUAUUAUUGCACACCAGACUAACCUUAAUAACAAUGGUUGUUAAAGAUUUGUUACAAAUGUGUGGCAGACGAAUAGUUCGUCUCAUUGCAGUAUUUACACGCUUGCACUUAAGCCACCUUCGGUAUUUGGUUAAAUAGUGUAAAAUAAAAAUAUUGUUUCUGUUCUUUGCUUUGUGGGUUAAUAUUGUUUUUUUUUUAAUAUUUGGAAAAAAAAAAAAAGAGAGAGAGAGAACAAGUAUAGCUUUUAAAAAUGUUUCGCCUUCCGGUAGGCUGAUGUCGUAAUACCGACUGACUUUAAUCAUGAGAACGUGGCAACAUGAGUGUCCAUAAGUCUCAUCAGAUACAUACGUCAUGUGCCAAUGAAAGGGAACCGUCAUUAUCAUCACAUACCGGGGUUGGGGUAGGGGGCCCACACCCUCAUAGCAAAUGUCCAGGGCGGCAUUGCUUAAAAUUUUAUUGAACUUUGAACCUGAGUAGAGGAGAAAAUGAAAAUUAAUAAUUCCAUAAAAAUGAUGGGCAAAAUUAUUUUGCCGGCUGUGGUGGAAUAGCAAUGGAGAUCAAAAUGUAAGCACACACAAACGUAUCCUUGAAAUUUCAAGAUUAUAUUUAAAACAAGAUCUUAUUUUCAGAUUGCCAAUUUCUGAAAAUAAAUUUGAAAAUUCGAACUUGUCACUUUACCAACAGUGUGCCCCAACUGUGUGCCCCAACAGUAUGCUCCCACUGUGUGCCCCAACAGUGUGCCCAUUCAGUGUUCCCCAAAAGUGCGCCUCAACAGUGUGCCCCAACAGUCUUUUUUUACAUUUUUUUUUUCUGUCUUCUAAUUCUACAACGAUUUGAAAUUAAAGAAUGGGUGAAAUAACUGACCUUGGCCUUGGAUUACCAUCGUGAACGCCUUCGUGGCUAAAGCUCUUUUAACCAGACAAACGAGGUCACAAGGUAACAAACUAGCUGUACCCCUUUGACCAGUUAGGGUAAUGAAACAGUGAUCCCGACCAGAAGGUCUUCAGCUUUUACUUUCACGACCCCACAGCCCCACGGCCCCACAACCAUACAGCCCCCCCCCCCAACCACAAAGCUCCACAGACACAAAGCCCUUAGCAGUGCGGGUUUCCUGAUGUUUCAUAUGGUAUUCAAUUGUUAAAGUUGUAGAAAUGAAACGUUCUAAUGAGUUCGGACUUUUCCCCUGGCCACGAUGAGUUCAUAUCAAGUCCGACCAGAAGGUCUUCAGCUUUUACUUUCACGACCCCACAGCCCCACGGCCCCACAACCAUACAGCCCCCCCCCCAACCACUAAGCUCCACAGACACAAAGCCCUUAGCAGUGCGUGUUUCCUGAUGUUUCAUAUGGUAUUCAAUUGUUAAAGUUGUAGAAAUGAAACGUUCUAAUGAGUUCGGACUUUUCCCCUGGCCACGAUGAGUUCAUAUCAAGGGUGAGAAACAUAAUGGCGCAGUAAGCCGCUAUCUAAAUGAUAAAAUAUUUUGCUCUGGUGGAAUGC